AAACCUCUAGACUUAAUAAUAGUAAUAAUUAGGCAUAGUGUUUGUUUACGUACGCUUGUGUUUUGAAAGUUCCUUCAUGUUUAAAGAUGGAGAUCAAAGUGGAAGAAUCCUCCCCAACGAAGGCGACCAAUUCGACUACAAUAAAGACGGAAGAAAUCACGAUAACUGAUAUUUAUACUCAGUGUGAUGGAGUGAAGAACGAAGUUUUGGAUUUCAAUAGUGACUUUGGUCCGGCACCGGUAACAACCGUACCAUUGUUAGAAGGUGCAAAGGUGAAACGAGAACCAGCAACAGCAGACAGCGCCGAAAAGGUCCAUGAAAUAGAAACGCCGGCACUGACGGUGACAAAAACAGCUGAUGGCGAAAAUGCAGCCUCCAGUAGCAGCGGUGCCGACGUUUCGCAACCGAAAACGAACCGCCCGCGGAAGUACUUUUGUGAUCUUUGUGACCGAGGCUUCUUCACAAAAGCAAACAUCAGAGUACACAUGACGACGCACACCGGCGAGCGACGGUUCAAAUGUGAUAUAUGUAACCGAACUUUUAACGCAAACUAUUUUCUCAAGGAACACAUGGCAAUAAGACAUCCAACGGAAAAGCCCUGCUUAAAAUGCGACCACUGCAGCAAAGAGUUUCACACGCAGGCACAAAUGACCAGGCAUCUGGUGUCGCACCGGACGGAUCGUCCACACAAGUGCCACAUGUGCGAAAAGGGUUUCAAAGAUAAGAAUGCGCUUAAGCGCCAUAUCGAACAUCACGGCGACGGUCGACUGUUCGAGUGCGACAUUUGCGGUUCGUCAUACAAAACAACCGCUAAGCUGCUGGUGCACAAAGAAAGUCACAACCAAUCCGGCGUUCCGCCGACUGAGUCGGCAGCUGCCGAAGAGGACAGCGCGGUAAGUUACGACUGUGACAUUUGCGGCAAACAGUACCGGCUGAAAGCCGUUUUUAGCAGGCAUUACCUGCAGCACAAGGAAACCACCGUGUACAAGUGUGAUGUGUGCGAGAAAACCUUCACUACGCGGUACGGUUUAGAGCGGCACCGAGAAAGGCACGAAACAGGAGCGCGGCUGAGGCAGUGCGAAAUUUGCGGCAAGACUUAUGCCAGUAACUCGUCCAUGGCGGCUCACAUUGCCUUCCACAAAGGAGAAUUUACCUGCGAUAUCUGCAACAAUCGGUUUACCACGCGAAAAAAUUUGGAAACGCAUCUGAAAAUUCAUACCGGAGAGCAACCGUUCAAGUGUGAUUUGUGCGGUAAAAAGUAUAACACGGAAAAGCGACUCCAGGAUCAUAUCACUGUGAAUCAUACUUCGGAAAAGAAUUUCAAGUGUGACGUUUGUGGGAAAGCUUUUCACCUGAAGUCGCAAAUAGCGCUUCACCUUACGACACAUAUGGUGGAUUCUCCACACGAGUGUCUCACAUGUGGAAAGACGUUUGGAAUGAAAUAUAUGCUUACACAGCAUAUGCAAAUUCACCGCGAAGAGCACAAGGCUGAAUGCGACAUCUGCGGGCGGAUGCUCAGCUCGAAAAGUUCCCUCAAAAGACACCGGAUAAAGCAUUCCGAGCAGAAGAACCUCAAAUGUGAAGUGUGCGGCAAAGCUUUUCACAUCAUGGAACAACUGAACAAACACCUGAAGCUGCACAGUUCGGAGCGUCCGCACAAGUGCCCAUGCUGCGGGAAAGGCUUUAUCUAUCGGGAUACGCUCGCACUGCACAUGGUCACGCACACCAACGAGCGAAAGUACAGCUGUGACAUCUGUGGUGUGUCGUACAAAUUUUCCAGCACCCUGCUGGCUCACAAACGGAUUCACACAUCCGAUGGGCCGAAAGUGUACGGUUGCGGGAUCUGUGGGACGUCCUACACGUGGUCCCGAAGUCUGAUAGACCAUCAGAAAAAAAUGCAUGCUAACGUUGUCGUACCGUCGUCGAAUGGUUUGAAAAUUAAACAAUCGCAGGACUAA